AUGGGUCAGCCAGAGGAGCAAGAGAGAGUUCGGGAAUUAUCAAGGUUCGAUCUGUCCCCGCCUCAAUCUCGAUCGUCACUGACAUAUCCCGAUAGGUACUACUGCACCUUCGAUCAACACGGUUUGCCCGAAGAUUCAAUAGAUGCCGUGCGUCUUUCAUCCGAUACUACCCUCACUGCACUCACCCAGCUGGGUGUCUACCGCUUUGGAUGUAAUCGUUCGUUCGUGUCCAUCAUCGAUGGUGGGAACCAGCAUGUCAUUUCCGAGGCGACGGCUUCGAUCUCUCUCCGCGAUGCCGAAAACCAUCGACCCGAUGAUGGAAUCUUUCUGGGCGUGAGGACCCUUGAUUUGGAAUGGGGGGUGUGUCCACAUGCUAUUCGUCUUUUCACCGGUCAGGAUGAAUCCCAUAUCCAGGAUACGGAGAAUGUAACGGCCAACCGGACGAGGAACAUCAUCCGGGACUUCACCAAGGAGGACUUUUACAAAGACCGUUCUUAUGUGCUUGGAUGGCCAUACUUUCGAUUUUACGCCGAGGUACCGCUGUACAGUCCUUCGGGGUACGUACUUGGUUCGUAUUGCGUGGUGGAUGACAAACCACGGUCGGGGUUUGGCGACGAAGAGGUUUCCGCGUUAAGGGAGAUUGCCGAUGCUAUCACGAAUCAUCUUGAAAAUUCCCGGGUCGUUCAGUACCACCGCCGCUCCGAGAAUCUGGUGAAAGGCUUAACGAACUUUGUCAAAAGUGGCUCGAAAUUCGAUCCCACGGGGCAUUCGACCCAAAAUCAAUUGGAAACAUCCACGAAGAAUAUCAACUCGGACAGCCUCGAGCCAUCUGUCAAUUUGGGUGAUGUGGGGGAAAGCAUUGCUUCACUAUCUGCCAAAGAUCGCGGGGUGUAUUCGCCCCUUGACCAAAGAUCUUCGCCAAGUCUCAAUGCACGCGAAGCAUCUGUUUUCUCUGGAACAGGCCGCUCGAGAUCGAAAUCGACACUCCCCUCGUCUCUCUCUCGAACUUCUUCGGAUCGAACGGAUCCGGUGUCUUCCCUGGAUGGACCUUCCGAGUUGACUGUAACGGAAGACGUACCUAUCACUGAGCGUAUCGCUGCUAUAUUCUCCCGCGCUAGCAUACUUCUCAAAGAAUCAUUGGAUCUUGACGGUGUGGUCUUUCUCGAUGCUCACCGAAAUGAUCCCCAAUUGUAA